AUGGGUGCUCGAGCAGCUUCGAAUUUCAGGCAAAGGUUUCGUGUUCACUUCCGGCAAUCACGAUUGGCUGCUGGAGGGCCAACAAGGAGCGUCAAGCUACGAUGCAGCUCGAAUACCGGAGCUGGCAUCCACCUUCAGGCCAUUCUACGAGCAAAGCCUUUCAAACGGAGGGUCCUGCUAUUUGUCAUUGGGGACCUGCUGCAGAAAAAGGCUGCGCCCGCGGGCCCUGUGGUUGCAGUACUGGCAGGGCACACCCACGAGGAUGCUUCUGCUUUCCUUCAGCCAGCUGAAAGCUGCGAACCAUGGGGGCGGUCUUGGACCGUGCGCUCAGAGGGUGGCCGCGAGAAGGCACAGGAGGGUGUCGGGGCGCUCCAGUACACCACCCAUACCGCUGCUGAAGGGGCCUACCGGAUCCUUACCAUCUACUGA